AUGUUGACAUCCGUAAAUGCCGUGAUGUCAACAUCGCCGUCACCACCGUCGUCGUCGUCACCAGCAGCAGCAGCAGUAGCAGCAUUAGUAGUCCCAACCCCACUUCCCUCGCCCUACGCAACAACAACGACCCAACCACCGUCAUCAGUAUCGUCCUCGUCGUCCACGGCGGUUGCAGCAACAUCGUCGUCGUCCUCAACAGCAUCGGCAGCACCGGCACUUGCAGCAGCACUUCUACUGGCUGGCUCAUCAUCUCCAUCGACUUUGCAGCAACAGGGAGGAUCGCAAGACAUCGCUACACCAUCGUCGUCCCCUUCGUUGCCACUUGCGUUGUCCCUCUCGCCCUCACCACCGACCCUGGUACAAUCGUCAACGGUGGCCGCGAGUGCUUCGUCGUCCCUGUUGAUCAAUCAUCUCACGAGCAACAGUAAACCAUCUUUAUCAUCAUCUUCUUCGUCUUCGUCACUCGGUGGUAGUGUUCCGCAACAGCAGGAGUCGCCACCAAAAAUAGCUGGAGAAAAGCAACACGAGUCCCCGCUGGUCGUGGUAGCCGCAGCAGCUGCAGCCGCCACUGGUAGUUCCCCGAGAAAGGCAAAGAUAACUUUAUCGUCCUCUCCGGCGCCACCCGCGAAUGAAGUAGCCGCUUCCGUGGCCGCUGGUGGGCCGAUCGUGAACGUAGUGAACGAUAUUGCAGCUGGACUGGCGAAUGCAGUUGCCGCUGCCGUUGCCGAUGCCGUCACCGUGGCCACGAUUGGAAGGAAUCUGAACCAGCAGCAGCAGCAGCAGCAGCAACAUCGUCACCAUCAACAACACGGCAGCAACAACAGCAACUCGUACUCGCAACUGCGCCAACAGCUGGAAAUGGGAACCGCCGCCGUGGGUGGUGGAGGAAACGCUACCACCAAUUCCGUAACGCCAAAGCAUUGGCCCACCACCGGUGGAGGACAGCAAGCAGCCCAACAGCAGCAGCAUAGUCAUCUGAAGCUAUUUCUCAACGGUGGAGUAGUAGGAGGAGGUAGUGCUGCCGGUGCUGGUGGGAACCCCGGUGGUUUCCAGAGGCAACAGCAGCCAACGGCAGCACAACAUCAUCACCACCAUCACCAUCAUCACCAUCACGUCCAUGCCCAGCUCCGCCGGCAGAUGUUGGCCUCGUCGUCCUCCUCCUCCUCCUCCGCUGUGUCAUCCACUCCGACGUCGUCGUCAUCAUCCAGCGUCGUCGCUGUUGGAGGAAGUGCUGGCAACGAGCCCCACAACACCAACAACAACCAAAACGGAGGACGAAUGAUCAUGCGUAACGGUGCAUCCGCCGCGGGCGACGCAAACCACCCGAACCGUUGGUAGGGAGGGCGGAAGGGAGAGAGAGACGCACGAUGCGAGUUUACCCGUGAACAAUCAUCAUCGCCAAAGGGGAAGUUUUUUUGUUUUUGUUUUUCGAUUCGAUCUCGAAGUUCCACCACAUGGCGAUCCUUUCGAGCGUAGCAAAUACCCACACACUCACGCACUCCUAGCUAGUUGGGAGAAAAUGGUACACAUUAGAUAGGGUGUGGUGGAUCUUCCGUCGUUGAGUAUUGCUUGCUUGCUUCCCAUCAACGAUAUCAAGAACAAGAAAGGAGAAUCACGAAGAAGGACGUCGUUAGCAUCUCAGCAUCAUCGUGUUUAAUUACACAUCAUGUAACUCUAGUGGAACGUGUAGUAGUGGUAACAAAAAAGUAGUAGUUAGAAGUGUAGCAGCAGUACAAGAAGCUUCGGCUUCUUCUCUCCGUUCAAUUUCAUCCCCCAUUGAUCCGCAACUCGUUCAACACACACACAGCAUCAGUAAAAACACUCAGUCAUUCUAUUUAGUGGAACCUGACCUCCCUUUAGACAACAGAUUAGAGGCGAAAGAUAGAUCAUCGAUCGUCGUUGUUGUCGUUGUUGUUGUUGUUGUUGGUAUGUUGUACGACAGGAAACAUUCAACGAGAAUUCCCCCCCGAAACUAAAAGGCGUCAUCCUUUGCCGAUUUGCCUCCCUCUACUCUCUCUCUUUCGCUCCCUCGUUCUCUCCCUCUCUCACUUUCUCUAAAUGGUUUUUGAUAAGCGUUCCUUACAUUUGUUUUUGAUUCUUAUUUUUAUAAAUUUUUAUGUUGUAUCCGUUGCUUGGUCAUCUAAAAGUUGAUAAAUGCACGCUGCUGCUUCUUGGAUGUAAACAAAAAGAGUACGUGCAGAGAAAAGCAAGCGAUGACCGUCUUGGUCGUUUUUUUUCCGUUUUCUUUGAUGGCUCGUUCAUUUCUUCCUUGAUCGCAGCAAGCAAAGACACUCACUGCCCGUUCGGGUGAAGUGUUCAAGCGAGAUAAAACGCAUCAAACAGGAGCACCACAGAGAGAGGGGGAGAGAAAGAGAGAUAGAGAGAAACCAAUGCGUUAAACAUAAUUUAUGCAAUGUGAUAUUUUUUUUCGUCGUCUGUACGUGUUAGCUAAUAUUAAUUAAUUAGUAAUAUGACAAAGUGUGUGGAAUUCGGUCGAGCGUAACUCGUGGGAAAGAUGAUGAUGUUUUUAGAUACGCAGGAAUACGCAACGGUACGGAAUAUGAAUAUGCAGAAUGAAUGAAGCAAACAGGCGAUAAAAAAAAAGGAAGGAAGCGGGGAGGAUAAUAAUUGAUAAUCACAGGACAAUUAGCAGCGAGC